AUGUCGUCUGACAGUCUUGCACUCUUCCGUAAAUCAAUGGGCGACGAGUUGGGUUCACUCGCCGAACAACAUUAUCAGCAUGAGUUCGUGCCUCGCAUUCCAGAUCACUGUCAUUCUCUCUGUAUACUAACAGCACUCCACAGCCUCCAAGCCUCAGACCGCACAGCUCUCCAAUCGGCAGCCUCUCGCGUCUCAACGCACACGACCAUUGGCUCCAUUGUAGGCUUCUCCCUUGGCCUCUUCCUCUCCUACCGCCUCCGCGCCAACAGAACCGCCAUGUUCAAUGCAUUCCGCACAGCCGAGAAGCCCGUCGCCGUACAAUUCGCUGGUGGCCGCACCGAAACCCUUCCCGACCUCACACCCAUGCUCAAGCCUUCCACUUUCGGAGACAUUGCCACAUACACACUCUUCGGACUUGGUGGACUGUUUGUUGGUGGUGAGACUGGACUGCUCACUGGAAGUCUGAGUGCGCAAAGUGCCAUCAAGAAGGAUCCUGAGGCUAAGAGAAGGAUCGAAACUGCAUUCAGAAAGUUCAGAGCUGAGACUUUGAGGUUUGAGGCUGAUCAGCUUGAGAAGGGCGAGAGACCUUUGGGAUUGUAG